AUGUCCGCAGGCAUUGCUUUGCCUUACCCCUCUUUCUUCUCAGGCCGCAGCCGGGCACUGCGUCGCACACGCCCGCUUAUCGUAACCUGCGCUGCCAGGUCCCACGAAGCGAUCGCCACUGACCCGAAUCCAUCCCCUUCGCUGCCGCUAGAAGUCGCCACACGGUGGCGUGACAUCCAGGGCCGCAACAACUGGGAACACCUCAUCCAACCCCUCCACCCUCUCCUCGGUCGUGAAAUCGUCCGCUACGCCGAACUCGUCAAUGCCUGCUACAAAGCCUUCGACCUCGAUCCUACUUCCAAACGCUACCUAAACUGUAAGCAUGGCAAAUCCACAAUGCUCUGCGAUGUAGGCAUGCCCUCAGCAGGUUACAAAAUCACCAAAUACAUCUAUGCCACUCCGGAUAUCACCAUCCCCAGCCAGUUCGGCACCCGCGGCAGCCGCUGGAUCGGCUACGUCGCAGUCUCCGCCGACGAUGCAUCGUCCCGUCUCGGCCGCCGAGACAUCCUCGUUUCCUUCCGCGGAACCGUCACUAACAUGGAGUGGAUCACAAACUUAAUGAGUUGCCUCACCCCUGCCCGGCUUGACCCGCACAAUCCGCGGCCCGAUGUCAAGGUCGAGUCAGGCUUCCUCAGCCUCUACACAUCCGACGAUAGCACCUGUCGCUUCAACAGCGGGAGCUGCCGCCAGCAGCUCCUCUCCGAGAUAUCUAGGAUUGUAUCCAAAUACAAAGAUGAGAAGGAAGUGAGCAUUACAUUGGCGGGUCACAGCAUGGGGAGCUCGCUCGCGCUGCUGCUCGGAUAUGACAUUGCGGAGCUGGGUCUGAACAAUACCAAGUCAGGUCGUGAAGUACCCAUCACGGUUUACUCGUACGGUGGCCCGCGGGUCGGGAACUGGGGCUUCAGAACCCGGUGCGAGGAGCUAGGGGUGAAGGUGUUGAGGGUGGUGAACGUAAAUGACCCUGUGACGAAAAUGCCUGGUGUAUUCUUCAAUGAAAAACUAGAGCUUCCAUGGAUAAGCAGCUGCUCGUGCUACGCGCACGUGGGAGUUGAAUUAGCACUUGAUUUCUUUAAGAUGAAGAACCCUGCAUGCGUGCAUGAUCUUAACGCGUAUAUUGGAUGGCUCAAGUGUGCUAACAGAAAGAAAGCGAAGAAGCAAAGUGUUGAUAUUUUUUGUAAGUGA